GUACCAUUUCUAUAUUCUUCAUUUUUCAAGAUCAAGAAAACAUUUUUUAUCAAACACUUAUGGAACUUUAUUCUUCUAACUCUUCUUCUUCUUCUUCGUCUUCUUCUUCUGCGCCAAUGAACUUAUCUAAAUACCAACAAGAACAAAAGGGUGUUAAAAUAUCUCAAUCCUUCCAUUCCUCACUUCGUUCUACUCGUAAACCGCCAAUGAAACCAUGGAAGAAACCUAUAGCUCCAUUGCCACCAACUCCGCCAAAAGUAUACAAAGUUGAUCCUAUGAACUUCAGGGAUCUUGUGCAGAAGCUAACUGGAGCACCUGAACAGUCUUCGCAGAGGCUACAGCGAGUGGCGCCACCUCCUCUUGAGCUUGAGAAAGAAAAACCAGCUGCUGCAUUGUUUAGCAGAGAAAUUGCAGCAGCGGCAGCAGUUUCUUGUUCUCCAGUUAAAACCCCAUUUUCUGGUUUAUAUCAGGACUUGAUGCGUGAUACGCCGGCUUCUGCAGAUUCUAAAAUGGCGUUGUGUUCGAUUGAAUUCGACUUAUUGUCUCCAUCUACUCAUGCUUGGUGUUCUUAUCCUCUUCUGAGUCCAGGAACACUUUCCAGUUUGGAGCAAAGCACAGUUCUUUAAUCAUUCUAUUUUUGAUUAAUUAGGUCCUUCAUACUGGAUCCGAGUUCAAAAACUCCAUCAGAACUGAACCAAAGCGCAGCUGUAUAAUUUACUUAAUGAAGCAACGUAAUUUUCCUUUUGCAUUUCUUUAGUUGGAUUUGAAAGAAUGUAUAAUAUACACACCAGCAAUGUUGAUAUCAAAAUAUAUUGGUGGUGAUAUGAAUAAAUGUAGAAUUUGAGUUCUGAUGUUUGAA